GCCCCUCCCACCAGCGACGACGUCAAACUCCGCUUCUACCACCGCGACGCCUCCGCCUCCAGGCGCGGGGAGGGUUGCCGUCCGGUCGCCGGGAGCCCCCCCCCCCGCUUCCGGACCCCUAGCGAGCCCGAGCGAGCGGUUUUUUGUGUCCGGCGACCGAGUGCGCCGGCGGCGGGCGCGCGUGAGUCGGGGCGGGGAGGCCCGCGGCUGUCCGUCCGGAGCCGCCCCCGCGCAGGCCCGUCCCCCCUCUCCGCCGCCGGCGCCGCACUUGGUUCGGCCGAGACCCGCGACGGUUCCGCCCCCUCCUUCCUUGUCAUUGAUGUUGUUGUUCUUGUCAGCGCCGCAGCCCCGACCGCCGGGAGCUCGAACCCGAGCCGGGGCCGCCCGGGUGGCGCGGCUGCGGCGGCGGCGGCGGCGGCGGUGGCUGCGGCUGCGGCUGCGGGGGCUGCUGCGGGCGGCGCGGGGGCGGCCGGCGGGCGGCGGGGGCGGCGGCGGCGGGGGCGGGCGGCGGCGGCGGCCGGGCCGGAUGGCUCUGUGCGGGCCGGCGGCGGGCGCCGCGUCGCUGCCGAGCGAGCUGGUGGUGCACAUCUUCUCCUUCCUGCCGCCGCCCGACCGGCUGCGCGCGUCGGCGUCCUGCUCGCACUGGCGCGAGUGCCUCUUCUACCCGGCGCUGUGGCCGCAGCUGCGGGUCGGCCUGCGCGUGUCGCCGGCCGAGCGGCCCCGGCUCGAGUUCCUCAUGCGCAAGUGCGGCUGGUUCGUGCGGGAGCUGCGGGUGGAGCUGGCGGCCGACAACCACCCGGGCGGCGGAGGCGGCGGCGGCGGCGGAGGCGGCGGAGGCGCGGAGCCCGGGGCGCCCGGCGGGGAGGAGCUCGAGGCCCCGCAGCUGGCGGCGCGCUGGCUGGACGUGCUGCGCACCUACCUGGAGCUGGUGCUGUGCGUGCUGCUCAGCAUCCGCAACAACAGGAACCUCCAGAAAUUUAGUCUUUUUGGAGACAUAAGUGUUCUACAACAGCAAGGAACUUUGUCAAACACAUACCUCAGCAAGGUGGACCCUGAUGGCAAAAAAAUUAAACAAAUUCAGCAGCUGUUUGAAGAAAUACUCAGUAAUAGUAGGCAGCUGAGAUGGCUGUCCUGUGGGUUUAUGCUGGAAGUAGUGACCCCGACAUCACUGUCGUCUCUCUCCAACUCUAUUGCUAACACCAUGGAGCACCUGAGCUUACUGGACAGCAGUCUUCUGGGCAGCAAUACCCUGGUGACUGCAGUCGAACUGGAGCGGUUUGUGAAUCUGCGCUCACUUGCCCUAGAUUUCUGUGACUUUACAGCUGAGAUGGCAAGAGUUUUAACUGAUAGCAACCACGUGCCUUUGCAGCGACUCUCUCUCCUGGUCCACAACGUUUCCGUGAUGCACAAGUCUCUGGACAACAUGCCAAACGAUGAGCACUGGGAAGCCUUGUCACGGAAGAGCGCCAGCCUUCGGGUCUAUGUAAUGGCGUUUGAUAUCGAGAGUGAAGACAUGUUCAAGAUUCUGAAACCCAGCAUACCGCUUGAGAGGAUUCAUUUCGACAGCUACGUCACCUGUGUCUCAGGGGCCAUUGUCGAUCUUAUAUCCAGGCAGUAUGACAAGUUCCUCACUCAUUUCAUACUAAUGAAUGAUGUGAUCGACACGUCUGGCUUUCCAGACCUUAGCGACAACCGAAAUGAAGACCCGCUGGUUCUGUUAGCGUGGAGAUGCACAAAGCUCGCUCUCAUGGCAAUUCAUGGCUACACCGUCUGGGCACACAACCUCAUCGCCAUCGCUCGUCUUCGUGGCUCUGACUUAAAAGUGCUUGAAGUCACAGAAGAAAGCAUUGAUUUUGACCAAGGUGAACUAGCCGACCAGGAUGUGGAUCCAGUGCAUAACCUUAUUGAGCAGGUAUCCCUGGGCCUGGGUCACCCUUGGCAUGCGGUCAUGGACAUUGAAUCACUCAGUGUCUUCACUGAACCAAAUCGUCAUUUUUACAGAGAGAUGCAAAGCUUCAGCGAAGAACUUUAGUUUUUUUAAUGUACAAUUCCUGUGGUUACAUAUGCAAGUAGGGUUCUAUUACGUUUUUUUUUUCCCCCAGUAGUGUGAAUUAAUCCCUUUGUGCUGUGUUUAAUCAGUAUUAGCUUUAUAGAAUUAUACAUGUAUAUUCUACUUCUUGAUCAAAGAACGUAGUCAGGUAUUGGUUUAGAAGUUCAGAGUGACAUUGUAUAGGGCUUUCACGGUUAAUGGACUUGUUACCAAACCUUAAGGAUAUGUCUGAGGUUGCUGGCUAACUAUUUUUCACUGAGUUACUCUGCCUUUUUGAUGUUUUUAUUCCUUCUGUGUCAGAGUUAAGAGCUCAGGAGCCAAACUAUUUUUAUACAUAGAUAGGUAGCUGCUCAUAGCUGUGGACUUGUAUGUGACGUGCUGCAUUCAUGCUUUCUGGUAACAUUUUAUUAAUUUUGAAUCGAAAUGAAAGAAGCAGCAUAUAAUAUCCCAAAUGAGUUAUCUUUAACAGAAAAGCCAAGACUUUAACUUUCAUGAUAGUUGAUAUCACCAGUUACCAUUCUGAAAUUUCUAUAGCACUAGGUUAGAACUUUGCUUAAUCUUUUUUUAAUGCAUUUACAUAAACAUGAAUACUCAAAUUGUUGGAUUUUAAAAGAAAAUCUAUAUCUGACAUAAUUUUAUUCAUCAAUUAUAAACUCAAGUUAGCUUUUUAGCCCAGAUUUCAAAUAGUAGAGGAAGAAAGUGUAUCCAGGGUAAAACCUAAGGGAAGAUCCAAAUAGAGUCAUAAACACACAUGCUGACACGUGAACAUUAGUCGUGAAACCCCUAGCAACAAGUCAGUGGAUUUUUCUCUGUCAGCGCGCGUGUCAGCUGCCAAAGAAUAGACUUAACUGAAGAAGUGCCCACAUGCUGGCAGGGGCCGGCUAACUCUGGCCAGCCAGAUACUGCUAGAUUGUAAUACUAAAGGUCGAAUUUCGACCUGUGGUACACAGCUGUGCUGUGGCUCAGUCAGCAACCUCAGAACUCUGAAAAAUAAAUAAAUAAAUAAAAAGAAAAAAGAAAAAAAACAAAAAAAAAGAAAAAAUGCACCUGUUUCACUGUGAAUAGUGAAUGUAAAGAAAGGAAAACUGAAAGCUUGUUCUAUCACAGGUAUGAGCUGCUAUGAUACAUGAAGAACAUUCCAUGAAGUAUGUUUUAAAACCUUGUUAUAUCUGAGAGGCUUUAAAAGCCGACUUAACUGUUUCAGGGCAACCGCGGUACAGACGUGGUCUCUGUGAGACUUCCACCUGACCCCAGUUUUAAGAGGUACGAAUGUUGUGCAUUUAAUGUUAGGACAGUCUGCAAUAAUAAAGUCAGUAGCCGACACGGGGCCCAGCAGUGCUGAGACCUGGCUGCUGUGUCAUGAGCUUCGGGAACACAAUUUAUGCAACAAUGUCCAGAUAGGAUUCUAUUUAUGGAAAAAGUUUCUAUGUGUUUUACAAAUGGUUUUACCACCUUCUAUUAAAAUGACCUUUUGACAGGUGUGCACUGUUUUGUCUCCAGUGAGCACAUACCAUGCGGAUUUUAUAUGUACAUCAGUAGUGUGAAUCCACUGGCACAGUGUGUGUAAAUGCCAGAUGUGGUGAGAUUUUAUCUUAUAAAUGUGAUCAGAUAAAAUAACUCCUGACAGAAACUGUAAGGAAACCAGCUGAAUGUUUGACCUGAUGACUGAUGCUGUAUGGUUUAUGUUAAAUGUAUAUUCUUUUAAUCAAUGAAUAAAGCAUAAAAAAGUG